AUGAGCGAAUACACCAAGAUGAAGAACGCCGAGCUGGAGGCACUGCUCAAAGAGCGCAACCUCCCUCACACGGGCAAAAAGGCCGACCUGAUCAAGCGACUCCAAGAAAGCGAUGCGCCCGCAGCAAAGACCGAAGACGAGAUCGACUGGGACGACGAGCCCUCCGCAGCAGCAGCAGCAGCCUCCAAAGCAACCACAGAAGCCGCCGCCGUCGCAAUCGCCGCCGGCGGUCAAGGACAACCUCCAAACCCCCAAGCCGUGCCUAACCAGCAAGCCGACAUCGAUCCCUCGCAGACGGACGACCUCACAGUGAUCAAGCCCGCCGAGGACGACGCGUCAACAGCUGCACCCACCACCACCGAGACCGCCGCAGACGCCAGCGCACCCACGGAAGCUCAACCGGAAGAACCGGCCAAGCCUGCCGUCGACUUCACCUCUGGACUCGCCAAGACGACUCUGGACCAAGAGAUUGAAAAGCGCAAGGCGCGCGCAAAGAAGUUUGGCUUGAAUGAGGACGAGGACGAAGCAUUGAAGGCUCUGGAACGCGCAAAGCGCUUCGGCAACACCGAGAUGCCCGGCAAGCUCAACGAAGCCCUCCCCGAGCGUCGCGAGCGCAAGAGAGGCGCCCCUGCCGAU